GCCGACAGCAUGGAUAUGUCUCAAACAACUUAUCAUGUUUCUAUAUUUUUUGGUGCAGUACCGGUAUUACUGACUCUGCUGAUCAUUUGUUUGAAAUUAAGGAAGAGGUUUCCUGUGAAGGUGAAUUGUUGGUUUUGUAAUGUGGAUUCCACUGUACCAUAUGGUCUGAAGAAUAACUGGGAUUGUUCGAAGUGUGAUCAGUAUAAUGGAUUCACUGAGGAUGGUGAUUACAAUAAAGAGAUACCAGCUAUGUAUGACAGUUCCGUCAACAAUGUAGUAGGUUGUCAGCAGGGAGAAUUCCUUACAGCAAGCAAUCUGGGGCGACAGUUUUGUGUCAAAUGCCAUGGCAAUAAUCAUCUUAAAGUGAAGCUUUUGGCUGGAUUCAGUCCUUUAAAUUGGGAUGAUUAUGAUAAUGAAUUCAUGAUCCACAAAGAAAACAUUGAGAAAAAUUAUGGUACAUGUGUGAAUUGUCAAAUGAUGGUUGAUCGAGAAAUUGAGAAACAGGAUCACUUGUUAUCUAGGAAAGUUGUGCAGUAUCAUCAACAAAAGGCUGCUGAAUAUAUGGAGAGGAAUAGUCAUAAAGAGGAAGAACAAAAAGAAAAUAUACCACUUAUCCAGGGAAAUCAAAAACAACUAACUUUCUACAUCAUGAAGAUAAUAUCUGUUAUGGCAUUACUCCUAAUGAUAGUUGUACAAAGUAAUUCUAAUUUGUUAGACAAUACUCCAACAGAGCAAGGUGGUAGUUGGCUUCAAGAAAUAAACAGUGAUUAUAAAGAACUCAUAAGUAAUAUAGAUAUACCAUCACUGAUAAUCCUAGACAGAACUCUAAUGAACUGUACAUGGAUACAACUAGCCAUUAUCAUAGGAUGUAUAGCUGAUUUGAUAUCAAAAAGACUUUUGAUGAAACAAAACUAUAUAUUAGGGUUUGUAGAUCUAGGAUCAUUUGUUCUAUGGUUUGUGGCUUUCCUGCUUCAGUAUAUAUUUAGUGAGUGGUCAGAGAAAAAUGCAGAAUUGCUGAUGAGUGUUACAAAUCUAGUCUUCACUUUUUCUUCCAUGGUUGGCAAAUAUCCGAGAAAACCCAUUCAACUUAAAAUAGCCAGAUAUCCAUUUAAAAGAAUGUAUACCAAACAACGUGCAGGACAUUACAAACCAGAAAUUGAUACCUUUGCAUUUGGAACCCCAAUUAACAUGAUUAAAAAUGGAAGAAAUGGUGGAUUGUUUGAUUCAAGAUUUGUUAGUCCUGAGAUUAGUCCUAAGAUAUCAUUAAAGAAAACAUCACAAAGACCAUUGAUAUCUCCUGCAAAAUUUCAGAAAAAGGUAACUAGUGACUUGUUAUCUGUGAUUGGUUGA